AUGCCUGAAACGGAAGAAAAAAUUCCCACAUUCUACCCUACGAAGCCUCCACUUGAUAAAAAGUUUAGACCAAAUGCUGUGAAAUCUAUCAUUCAAGCUAUACUUAAUGAAGAACUUAGUGGAAAGCAAUAUGAUGCUGAACAGACUCCAGUAUGGAGCAGUUCUCAUGUUUUAGAACUAAACUACUCCAGAUACAAAAUCAUUGCACAAGUUUUAAUUGGAGAGCAGCGAGGAGAAGGAGUACGAAUGGCAACCAGAUGUUUGUGGGAUGCUGAGGCAGACAACUAUGCCACCCAAACAUUCAUGAGUUGGCUUAUGGUGUUUAUUAUUAUUAAAGGAGAUAAAACAAAUGUGGGUGGCAUCUCUAAAGGUUGA